CGCAUUGCGGCUCCCUCCCCGGCGUGGACCUGGCGGUGAACGGCGGCUCCCCGUGCCGGUGAAUGGCUCAGCCCGCUGCAGCAGGUUCGGCGGUGUCGGUUCGGGCUCUCCCCAGGCCAGCGCCGCGGCCGUCACCGUCAGGGGGGUAAACGCUCGUUUAGAAAUGGAGGUGCUGAGGUCGAGGUGAGCUCAGUCCGCCCUCCUCCCCCCGUGGGAGCGCGCGCUCCUUUAUUUCUGCAUCUUCAGCGACUUUGAAUCGAUAAGGAACCAUGACGACUGGACAGGAUGAGAGUUCGGUCCGCGUCGCUCUGAGCGGCUGCAGCAGAUGCCACCCUGGCCCUGUGUGCUGCCGUGGGGGGUCCUGCAUGUCAAACCACACUUUGGACUUUCCUUUUCCAAAAGGGAUUCGUCCUCAGCUGGCCAGAGAGAAGAUUGAGGGAUGCCACAUCUGUACAUAUGUGAUGCCUGGAGAGCCUCAGGUCAUCCUGGGGAAAGACAAGGCCUUCACAUACGACUUUCUGUUUGACAUGGACUCCCAGCAAGAUGCCAUCUACUCCACCUGCACCGAGAAGCUGAUCGAGGGCUGCUUCGAGGGCUACAAUGCCACUGUAUUUGCAUACGGACAGACGGGCUCAGGGAAGACGUACACUAUGGGAACUGGCUUUGACGUGAACAUCGCAGACGAGGAGCUGGGCAUCAUUCCACGUGCUGUCCACCAUCUGUUCAAGGGCAUCGAGGAGCGGCGUGAAGCUGCACAGGAGCAGGGACGUCCGGUUCCAGAAUUCAAGAUCAACGCACAGUUUCUUGAGCUGUACAACGAGGAAGUUCUGGAUCUGUUCGACUCCACUCGAGACAUGAAGCAGAAAGCACACAUCAAGAUCCACGAAGACGCCAACGGAGGUAUCUACACGGUUGGAGUGACCACACGGACCGUGUCCUCUGAAGCUGAGAUGAUGCAGUGCCUGAAGCUGGGGGCUCUGUCUCGAACCACAGCCAGCACUCAGAUGAAUGUCCAGAGCUCUCGAUCCCACGCCAUCUUCACCAUCCACCUGUGCCAAGUCCGUGUCUGUGCAUCUGACAAUCAAGAAGAUGAGACUAAUAACAGCGUUUCUAAUGGGAACCCUGACAUGGAUGAGUAUGAGACACUGACUGCUAAGUUCCACUUUGUGGAUCUGGCCGGUUCUGAGAGGCUGAAGAGGACUGGAGCCACUGGGGACCGAGCCAAAGAGGGCAUAUCCAUUAACUGUGGACUGCUCGCUCUGGGGAAUGUAAUCAGCGCUUUGGGGGACCGGAGCAAGCGGUCUUCACAUGUGCCUUACAGAGACUCCAAACUCACCCGGCUGCUGCAGGACUCGUUAGGAGGGAACAGUCAAACCGUGAUGAUUGCCUGCAUCAGUCCAUCCGACCGGGACUUUAUGGAAACCUUAAACACAUUAAAGUAUGCAAACCGGGCUCGAAACAUCAAGAACAAGGUGAUGGUGAACCAGGACAAGGCCAGCCAGCAAAUUAGUGCUCUGAGGACCGAGAUUGCACGGCUGCAGAUGGAGCUGAUGGAGUACAAGACUGGAAAGCGUAUGAUCGGAGAGGAUGGUGUGGAGAGCUUCAGCGACAUGUACCACGAGAACUCCAUGCUGCAGACGGAGAACAGCAACCUGAGAGUGCGGGUCAAAGCCAUGCAGGAGACCAUUGACGCCCAGCGGGCUCGGCUCACACAGCUGCUCAGCGAUCAGGCCAACCAGGCUUUGGCCAGAGCAGGUGAAGGAGGAACAGAGGAAAUCGGAAACAUGAUACAGAGUUACAUCAAAGAGAUUGAAGACCUUCGGGCUAAACUCCUGGAGAGCGAAGCAGUCAACGAAAACUUGAGGAAGAAUCUGUCCCGAGCUUCAAGUCGACAGUCGUUCUACGGAGGACCUGCUUCUUUCUCCUCCAAUCUGCUGGCACCAGAAAAAGAGACCUCUGACAUCAUUGAGCUCGCCAAAAAAGACUUGGCGAAGCUGAAGAAGCGAGAGAAGAAAAGGAAGAAAAGACUUCAGCAGCUGUUGGAGCAGAGAGAGAGGGAGGAAGGGGAGGAGGUGGUGGAAGAGGUUGAGGAUGCCAGUGCCAACAAGGAGGAAGUUCCUGAUAACGAGCAGGAGAAGGGCACGGAGAAGGAAAUGAUGGAGCGCAUCAGCGAGGACACAGAGACGGAGGUCCAAGAAGUCAGUGACCAUGAAGAAGUUGAGGAGGAGGAUGAAGACGAGGAGGAGGACAUGGAUGUGGAGGACAGCUCAGAUGAGUCUGACUCUGAAUCGGAUGAAAAAGAGAACUACCAGGUGGAUCUGGCCAACAUCACCUGUGAGAUCGCCAUCAAGCAGAAGCUUAUCGAUGAGCUGGAGAACAGCCAGCGGCGUCUGCACACGCUCAAGCAGCAGUACGAGCAGAAGCUGAUGAUGCUGCAGUGCAAGAUCCGGGACACGCAGCUGGAGAGGGACCGGGUCCUCCAGAACAUGAGUUCAGUGGAGAGCGGCACGGAGGACAAGGCUCGCAAAAUCAAGGUGGAAUAUGAGAAGAAGCUGAGUGUGAUGAAUAAGGAGCUCCAGAAGCUCCAGUCUGCUCAGAAGGAGCAUGCCCGCCUGCUCAGGAACCAGUCGCAGUAUGAGAAGCAGCUGAAGAAGCUUCAGAUGGAUGUGGCAGAAAUGAAGAAGACGAAGGUCCGCCUGAUGAAGCAGAUGAAGGAGCAGCAGGAGAAAAACAGGAUGAACGAAUCCCGCAGGAACCGGGAAAUCGCCUCUUUGAAGAAGGACCAGAGGAAGCAAGAGCACCAGCUGAAGUUACUGGAAGCUCAGAAGAGGCAGCAGGAGCUGAUUUUGAAGAGAAAGACUGAAGAGGUGACUGCCCUGAGGAGGCAGGUCAGACCCACGUCAGGUAAGGUGAGCAGAAGAAUCAAUCUUCCAGAACCUGUUCAGGACUCUGCCCACCGACCCCCCUCCGGACGCAUGUACUCCCCCAACAAUGCCGCUCCCAACGGCAGCCGCUCCUCCUACAGGCGCACAGCAGGCAUCUAUUCCACCAGAAUUGCUCGAAACAAAUGGCAGACCUUGGAGCGAAGGAUCUCUGAUGUCAUCAUGCAGAGGAUGACCAUCUCCAACAUGGAGGCUGACAUGAACCGCCUCCUGAAGCAACGAGAGGAGCUGACCAAGCGGAAGGAGAAAGUCCUCAGGAAGAGAGACAGGCUGGUGCGGGCGGGGCCGGAGGGGGACAAGGCAGUGCUCCCCCUCAGCGAGGAGGUCGAUGCUCUGACCGCCAACAUUGAUUACAUCAAUGACAGCAUUGCAGACUGUCAAGCCAACAUCAUGCAGAUGGAGGAGACCAAGGAAGAGGCUGACACGGUGGACGUCUCUGCUGUGAUCACUUCCUGUACUCUGGCUGAAGCUCGGUUCCUGCUGGAUCACUUCAUGUCCAUGGCGAUUAACAAGGGCCUGCAGGCAGCUCAGAGGGAGUCUCAGGUGAAGGUGAUGGAGGGCAGGCUGAAGCAGACAGAGAUCACCAGCGCCACUCAGAACCAGCUGCUGUUCCACAUGCUGAAAGAAAAGGCCGAGUUCAACCCGGAGCUGGACGCGCUGCUGGGGAGCGCUCUUCAAGAGCUAGGUAACAUUCCUGCUGAAAAUGCAGAUGACAGCAGCAGUGAUGAGUCGGCUCAAAGCCCGUCAGCUGAGGGCACCACUUUGGCAUCAGACCUGGUGAAACUUUGUGGAGAGACCAAAACAAGAAACAAGGCUCGCAGGAGAACCACCACCCAGAUGGAGCUGCUGUAUGCAAACAGCGACUCUGCCCUUGAUGCCCCCACAGACUUCUCUGGCCCAAUGCUGCAACUGGCCGACACCCCAGAUGGGGGUGGAGACGUGGACUUAUCGGGCUCAUCGGUCAGGGACUAUGCCGCUCUCUCUCCUGGCUUUUCCUCCAAACUGGGCAGCAUCUCUGGCUCCAGAGCUGUGGAGAACCGCGCCACGGAGCCCUCGCCGCUCUCUCGCAGGAAGAUGUAUGACAAGGCUCAAGCUGCGGCUGACAGGGCAAAGGUCAAGGAGAUGACACAGGGGGUCAUCAGCCCUGUACCAUCAACCAAGAGCAGCCGACUGGCACCGCUGCAGUGCGUUCACGUGGCAGAAGGACACAAUAAAGCAGUUCUGUGUGUGGACUGCACCGAUGACCUUCUGUUCACCGGAUCCAAAGACCGGACCUGUAAGGUGUGGAAUCUGGUGACGGGUCAGGAGAUCAUGUCGCUGGCAGGUCACCCCAACAACGUGGUGUCAGUGCGGUACAGCUCCAGUUUGGUCUUCACCGUCUCCACCUCCUACAUCAAAGUCUGGGACAUCAGGGACUCAGCCAAGUGCAUCCGAACACUAACAUCCUCGGGUCAGGUGAACGUCGGGGACAUCUGCGCAUCCAACACAAACCGGACCGUCGCCAUCCCUGCUGGAGAAAACCAGAUCAACCAGAUCGCUCUCAACCCCAACGGCAGCGUUCUGUACGCCGCUGCUGGAAACUCUGUCAGGGUUUGGGACCUGAGAAGAUUUGCAUCUACAGGUAAACUCAUGGGUCACCUAGGUCCAGUGAUGUGUCUGACUGUGGAUCAGUCUGGUAAUAAUCAAGAUCUGGUGAUCACUGGAUCUAAGGACCAUUACAUUAAGCUGUUUGAGGUGACAGAAGGCUCUCUGGGGAGCAUCAGCCCUGCACAUAACUUCGAGCCUCCUCAUUACGAUGGAAUCGAGUCACUGGUGGUCCAGAGUGACAUGUUCUUCAGCGGCUCCAGAGAUAAUGGAAUCAAGAAGUGGGACCUGGACCGCAGAGACUUGCUGCAGCAAGUGCCCAACGCUCACCGGGACUGGGUUUGUGCGCUGGGGGUGGUACCCGGGUCCCCGGCACUGCUGAGUGGCUGCAGGGGGGGGGUGCUCAAGCUCUGGAACACAGACACACUGGGGGCUCUGGGAGAGCUGAAGGGCCACGAGAGCCCCAUCAACAGCAUCACUGUCAACAGCAGCCACCUGUUCACCGCCUCCGAUGAUCGGACUGUGAAGAUUUGGCGUGCGCGCGGCGGACUGGACAGCACGUUGGAGGCGGCAGACAAUGCAGAUGAGGUGGCCAGCAACUGAAUACAAAAAGGCCGCGGCGUUUGUCUGCACUUUGACCCCAGACGCCGGAACCCAACGCCGACAGCUGCAAAGCGUAACCCUCAGCGUCAUGUGACCCGUUUGUCUGAGCCCACAGAGGUUAACGGUCUGUCUGAGGGUCUCCCUCAUUAGAGUUUAGUUUGCUUUAGUAACAAUUGCACAAACGCCUAUUUUUUCCUUUUGCUCAGUAGAUUAAUCGUCUCACUAAAGACAUUCGAGAGAAUGAUGUGAAGCUUUCAUAGUCAGCACUGUAACACUUCUCACACACACUGUUGUCUGGUUUGUCAUGAAAUGACAUGAAGGCGUCAGGAGAAAAGGAGGCAGCUUCCAGUUUUUCUGUUUGAUCAGAGCAGAAUCAACAUCUCACCUCCAGAAUGAAAGGAUGUGAUAUCUUAGUGUCCUUUGACUCAAAACUUCCUCCAGAUGUUUCCAUCAAUCCAAAUGUUGAAUUCAUCCAAAGAAAUCACAGCAUUUAAGGAUUUGAGUCACAAUCAAGUGAACUGGCACAAGGAAUUAGUAUUGACAUGAAGUGGCAAAAUGACAGAGAAAGCCAGGAGGUCACCUGAAAUCUGUCAGUAUUAAGAGAGAGACUUUGCCUCCAGUUAUAUUCAUUGAUAUCAACCGUCUUAAUUGAAGGUCUCUGCAGGCUUCUCAUUACCCAGGAGGCUCUCAAAGAUCUUAUCAUUGAAAACAUUCUGAUGGAGGGCAUGUUUCCAGAAUGAGGAAUGUUCCCACCAGCAUUGAGGGCCCUUUAUCUGGAAAUAUUCCAAAUACAUCAGCCACCAUCAGGAAUCCAGAGAGUCAUCAGAGAUCUCCAAGAACCACCCAAGCAGAACUUUAGGAUCUCCCAUCAGCAGGUACUGUUGUUUCAAUAAGCAGUGCGCUGGAGCGUCAUGACGUCUGUCCACGCUCACCAUGAAAGACUCCACUGUGAAGCCAAAGGCUUUUGAGGCCCGGCUAAAGGCCGUAAAGUCUCUGGGAGACUCCAUUAUGGUCAGAUUCUGGCUGUCAUUCUGCACACCAUGUUUGGAGAAGAACUGGCACCGCCCACCCCAAGAACAACAUACCAGCAGUUGAGUUGGGGGUGGAAGCAUCAUGGUUUGGUGCUGCUUUUCAGCAAGGAGUAUUGGGAGACUUCGUGUUAUUGAAGGCAGGAUGAAUGAAUAAAAAUCUGCUGCCUUCCAUCAAAAGCUAGAAACAAAAAGAGGAUGGUCAUUCCAGCCAGACAACGGUCUGAAACACAAGCUUAAGGAAGCAAUGAAUUACUUUUAAAAAAGAAAGUCAUGUUGCUUGAAUGGUCCCCUCAGUCACCUGAUCAACUCUCACAGAAAAUCUAUGGAGAACUGAAGAUCAAAGUUCAGAAGAGAGACCUGAGGAACCCUCAAGAAUUAAGGAGCGUUUGAGUGGAAGAAUGAAGCAGAAUCCCUCCUGAGCAAUGCAGACGACUGCUCUCUCCACACAAGAAGGAGCAGUCUAGAACCUGGAAUCAAGUAUGAAAUCAUCUGUCAUUUCACUUUACUUAUACACCUAAAGUCCCCCUCCCAUCAUCUUCUGAUCUAUUUUCAAAGUGUUCCCAUCAUCUGAUGAUGAUGAUGCCAUUUUUAGUCAAAACCUAAAUCUUGUGUCGUUUUCUAGGACAUAGUUUCUACAGAGCGGCAGGAAUUCAUCCAAAAUUCACCUCUGAGUUUUGGGUGGGACUGUUGGCAAAGCAUCUCCACCCCACUUCCCCUCCCCUUUGCUGAGAGCUCAGAGCGGGGAGCUUGUGUGUAAGUCACAUACAUGACCUUUUUCCAACAGCAUUGUUUCAUCUGCUCUGCAUUCACUACCUGAACAAAGAAAUACUCACAAAUACUGUUUUAAGCUUAACGUUCUUUCUGCUUGCCCUCCAUCUUCAGAAAAACACACGUUCAAAUCUCCAUUUUCAUCAGAGAGUAUCUUGAGAUGUUCUGAUUUCUUUGUAGGCAUUUGUAAUUUGGCUUGAUGGCAACAUCUGGUGGAAGUUUAGUGUCAGGAGGAAACAUGAAACUCUCCUUAAUGAUAGAAAUGCUGAUGUGUCUGAUGCCUUUUUUCCCUGCUGUACCUGACAGGUACAGAGCUUCAAAAGUGAACCUCCUUACAGUCCUUUCUUUGCCUCUGCUCUGGUUGGUUUCUUUUUCGUUCUAACUGUUCUGUACCAUUUUUAAAGCACUUCAGUUCAAACCCAAGUUUUAUUGCUGAAUUUUGAUCAUGCCCUUUUAUCUUUCUGUGAGCUUCAACUUCUUAAACCAGCAGAUAUACUCGUGUUUAGUUAGUUUUCUGUGUGGAGAAGUGAAGUGUACAGAUGACAGUUUGGAAAGGCUGCUUAAUUCAAGUUGACCUUUUUAGUUUGUGACAAACUCGGCCUUGUUUCCCAAAGUGAUACCAUGAAAGGAUCAACGUCCUCAAACCCUCCUUUGAGCACCUAAACAGAACCAACACAGUAGUCUUAAUGAAUCUCUUCAACUUCCUGCACGUGUUGCCGGUGUGUUAGUGUGUGUGCGGUUCUUCACUCCUCUGAGGGCUGUUCACCUGGUACCGCGGCUGCAGUCUGUGUAAAAACACAUCAUCAUAGACUGAAUGAGUUUGUGUUAAAAGCAGCUUUCAGUAUUGUUCAGAAAACAGCAUCAGAUCCUGAUGUUGGACCCAGAAGCCUUCUGGUCUGGUUUGCCUUACUGUGUGUUGUCACUCAUCAAUGUUUGGUGAAACAGCAGCUAGCCGUUAUUCUCAUGCAUAAUCACUGUACGUAAACGCCAUAUUUAAAGCGAGCGUGACUGAAUGUUAUUCUUGUGGGACCACUGAUCUGACAGCAGAGCUGGAUGGACCAGCACCAGCCGGCCGGCAGGAUGACUGACGUGCAGCAGCUGUAGUUUGGAGCACUGACUCUUUUCUUCUUCUGUUCCUUUCGCUCUGGUUGUUCCUGGUGUUCCUCUGGAGCUUUAGUGGCCAUGUAUCCAUGAAAACUGUAGCCAAUACGAUGUCAGAUGCUUGGUGAGAAUAAAUGUCAUCUGUCAAAAUAA